AUGAACCGAAGUGAGAGUAAGCCUGCGGAGAGUACCUUCUGCCGGAUUUUGAAACCGAUUUACUAUGUGUCGAAGUUGGCCGGAUUAUGGCCCCAAUCCUUUACCAGAUCGACGCCCGGUGUUACGGUGCUCGAUAUUGUUUAUGUGAUGGCCAUCUACUGCGUGUUUGGCUACUGCAUCAUCGUGAACUCAAGUGUGAAGCUGUGGGACUACUACAUGAAACCGUUCGAGUCGAACAUCCUGCGGUAUGGACUACAAACACAUCUGGUGAAUGGGUUGUAUCUAGGCGUAAUCAUCAUAACGACGAACGUAAUACAGUACAAGAAAAAGUGGGAAUAUAUGCACCUGAUGGAUAGCGUUACACAGGUUGUCGAGCAGGAGUUUCACGUCAAGAAUCCCGUCCGAGUUGUGCAACUCUUCAUUACGAUCGUCAUGAUAGCGGAAAACAUCUAUCUACUGUGGGUACUUUCGGGUUAUUACUUCCUCAUAGACCGAACGCUCAACAUAACCACGACCUAUCUGUAUGCCUCGUACUAUCUGAUGAACCUGUCGACGCUCGCCCUUAUCAAUGAGUACACAUAUUUUGUCGUCCACAUUCGUCGUCUGAUGACGGUUGUUAAUCGGUUGCUCAAGCAGUUGCUGCUGAAUGAUGCCGAAGGCAGUGAUUUGAUCCUGCUGGACAGGGGUCGUAAGGCGAAAACACCGACCAUUGCCUACGACGAGAUCUUCACGGUAUACGGGCAGGCAAAGAAGGACUUUGGGAUGGUCGGCAGCGAUGUGAAGACACCGAAGCCACCCAAAAUAACUAUGGUGGCGCCAACAUCGGCUGGAUUUAACAAAUUUUCCUACACAAGUGUCUUAAACACCUACGUAACAAAACUCAAGAUAGACAAUCAAUCCAGCAUGGAGUCGAUCCUGAAAACGCUGAAUCGUCUGUCCACCCUGCACUAUCACCUGUGCGAUGCAAUCCGCUUGGUUAACCGUAUCUCGUCGUUACAGUUGAUGCUUCUCUUUGGCGCUAUGUUUGUUUUUCUCGUGUUUGGACUCUUUACAAUCUAUAAAGCGUUCAAUUCCGGGACUUGGGCAUUCAAGAUCAUGGCAAUUGCGAAUGGUUCAUGGAUUCUAUUCUACUUAUUGCUGAUGCUGACGGUCAUUACUGCUACUACCAGUACGCAGACUCGCGGUCGCGAGGCUGGAGAUAUUGUCCAUCAGAUCAUCAGGAAGCACCAGAACCAUUUCUCCAACGAUGUCAUUGAAAGGCUCUCGACAAUGUCGCUUCAAAUCAAGAUGCGGGACAUGUCGUUCUCCUGUGGAUUAUUCAAGUUCGAUUGGCAACUGUUUAGCUCGAUUCUUUCAGCUUGUGCGAUGUACCUGGUGUUCCUCAUUCAAUUCGAUGUUACCCCACCGGUGGGAUUUACCUCACCCAACAUCACCGCGAUGCUGGAUGUGAGCAACAUUGUAUCGAAUGAACUCUAG